AUGGCCGCUGUGGCAAUAGAGCAUUGCCCAGAUGGCGAGCAUCGCCUGGUGGCACUGCGCCAUCUGCAGGCAGACGAGGCGAUUCUGGAGGAGACGCCACUUCUCGAAAUGCCGGAUGAAGAGAUUCUUCCGCUAGCAUGUUCGCCCUACGUGGCUGCAUGGCGCUUUGCCUGCAAAAGCCUGGGUCAGGAGGGCAUUCAGAAAAUCUUCGAGCACAACUUUUCUCAGGGUGCAGCAGCAGGAAGCAAAGCCCAACAAGUUUGCCAAGCAGUGAAGGCUGAGGUGCCUUUCGCACAGCAGCGAAGCGCUUCCCGAUUUCUCAUGAUCCUCGUGUCGAACUCUUUUCGUUUCAGAGGUCGAGAGGGCGGCCGCAUCACUGCCCUCUUCGAGACUAUGUCGCGUGCUAACCAUUCGUGCCUCCCAAAUGCCCGGAUGGUCGGUGAUGGCCAUCCAGCCAAGCUCAUGACAACCAAGUACGUCGAGUCUCAGGACCGGGAUUUGUCAUGCUUCUACCAGUAG